AGUCCUCACUGCACCAAAUCAGAGUCCCCUAUCUUCACUGCCAGGCGCCACCAACAGGUGGUCCCUUGGAUGACGCAGCUGCCAGUGAAGAAUACAUUCAUCGAGGUGAGGACGCACGAUCCGAUCAUCGUGCGACCUCGAGCACAGACUGCAGAAGUCGUACCAAGCUCAUCCUACUUGGCCAGCUCAGUGGAGAUUGCCCCUGCCAUUGCCCCUACCCUUGCUCCUGCCCCCGUCCCUGUCACUGGCGUGCCAGCGGUCACUGUGGACUCCAAAGUCCGGGCAGCUCCAGGUUCUGCCGCAUGCAUUGUGUCCAGUGUUGAUUCGACGGGUAGGAGGUGCUCCGUCGCAAGAACUCCAGAUGUCUCGCUGGCGAAGUUGACUCGAUCCAAGGUUGUACCUGUCGAAGAGGAUAUGCU